AUGAGACAAACCAACGCGCCGGAACGGCCACCCACCAAUGAGGCGACCCCAGCCGCCGCGAAGCCCCGGGACACCAGCCAGCGGGAGACGACUGCGCACCAUGGCGACCUCAAAUCCCAGCCUGAUACCGAGGACGAGGAGAUCCAUCGGUUGCAGACCGAACGUGAUCGCCGAGACCACCGGAGUUUUGGCAUCGGGCACUUCAAGGUAACGUUCAAGAACCACACUGACGUCCUGCCGCUCACGAUAGUGGACCGGGACCGCCCCAGCUUGCUCGGCCUACAAUGGUUCGCCCCGCUCGGCAUCGAAGUAACCAGCAUCCACCGCACGGACACGGCCGACUGGGAAGCGACCCUCGUGAGGGAUUUCCAGGAAGUUUUCGACAACUCGCUAGGCAAGUACCGGGGGCCCCCUAUAUCGUUCAACCUUAACCCCAAUGUCGCCCCUAUCCGCCUAAAACCCCGGCGAGUGCCUUUUGCGCUCAAACCAAAAAUCGACGAGCAACUAGACAAGCUCGUCGCGCAGGGGGUGCUUGAACCCAUCGACCAUGCCCGCCGGGUCUUCGCAAAACUCGACUUGGCACAAGCCUACCAGCAACUGCCGGUCGACGCGGAGACAGCCGAAGCGCAAACGAUUGUCACGCACCGGGGGGCCUUUCGUUGCAACCGACUCCAAUUCGGAUUCCUGGGCUACCUUCUGGACCGGCACGGAAUACACCCGACCGGGAAGAAACUCAGGGCCAUCAAGGAAGCCCCCACACCAACCAACAAGGCGGAGCUACAAGCAUUUCUGGGGUUGCUUAACUUUUACAAUGUUUUCCUACCCCAAAAGGCGACCGUGGCGGAACCCCUACACCGGCUACUCGAUAAGGCGGCCACCUGGACCUGGGGGAAGCGGGAAGAGACUGCGUUCCAACGAACCAAGGACUUGCUAACAUCAGACGCAGUCUUGAUUCAGUACAGCGAAACCCUCCCGCUCUCAGUAACAUGCGACGCCUCACCCUUCGGUAUAGGAGCAGUCCUCAGCCACACCCUACCCGACGGGACGGAAGCACCCAUCGCCUUCUUCUCCCGGACACUAGCAAAACCGGAAAGAAACUACAGUCAACUAGACAAAGAAGCCCUCGCCAUCGUCGCCGGAGUUAAAAGGUUCCACGAAUACCUUUACGGCAGGAACUUCUCAAUCAUAACGGACCACAAGCCCCUGCUCGGAAUACUCGCAGGGAACAAGGCCACCCCGAACAUCCUAUCGCCCCGGAUGACAAGGUGGUCCGAGUUCCUUGCAGCAUACUCCUACGAGCUGUCACACCGACCCGGUAAGGCCAUCCUACACGCAGACGCACUAAGCCGGGCACCGCUACCGGACGGCUGCAUUCUCUGGGGCGACCGGGUGGUCAUACCGGAAACACUGCGAGACAGAGUGUUGGCAUUGCUGCACGAGGGACACCCAGGGGUCGUCAAGAUGAAAGCCCUGGCCAGGAGCUAUGCUUGGUGGCCGGGGACAGACAAACAAAUAGAAACUUGGGUCGCUGUGUGCAGCAAGUGCCAAGAGUCAAGAGCCAACCCCCCUGCCGCCCCGAUCCGAGAGUGGGAAACCCCGAGAGGACCAUGGUCGCGAUUGCACAUAGACUUCGCCGGACCAACCAAGGGGUAUACGUUCCUCAUCACCGUAGACGCUUACUCCAACUGGUUGGAAGUAAGCACCAUGAGAACAACAACGACUGAGGCGGUCAUCGACAAGCUCAACAGACUCUUCGCAACGCACGGGUUACCGGACGUCAUAGUGUCGGACAACGGGCCCCAGUUCACGGCGAUACUGUUUGAAAAAUACCUGGCCGAACGGGGCAUCAGACACGCCUUAACCUCGACGGCUCACCCGGCGGCGAAUGGUAGGGCGGAACGAAUGGUCCAAUACACAAAAAAGGCCAUUCAGAAAAUCGAAACCGGCGACAUCCAGGAAAAAAUAAACAGACUACUGUUUAUACAACACAUCACGCCAAGCACAACAACGAACAAGAGCCCAGCGGAACUACUGAUGGGGAGGAAACUAAGAUCCCCAUUAGACUGCCUACACCCCACCUACAACCCAGAGAAACCCCCGGACUCCUCCAGCAGGUACCGGACAUUCAACAUCGGGGAUGCCGUCUACGCGAAAAACUUCACGGGAGACCCCCUCUGGGUACCUGCACAAAUAACGCAGGUAACUGGGCCCCGAUCAUACAGACUACAAACAACAGACGGAAGGAGCUGGAAGCGGCACAUCGACCAGCUACGGUCCAGACUAGCCACCAACACCCCCAUCGACCCAGCAACAACGGCGGCCCAAGAAAGCAGAGAGGGAGGGGAAGCCUCAACCACCAACCCAGAAACCAACAAAAGACCGGAACCAACCAGGACACACACCCCAGCACAAGCCGAACACCACCCACCAGAUGACAGCAACGACCAAGCAAACCAACCAGACUCACCUACAGACCUCGACGCGUCGCAGACGGGUUCUUCACCUGGGAG